AUGUCUCCUCGCGCUGCAGCUUCAAGCGAGUCGCACCCGUCACUCCUGCUCACCCCCUCACCCGCAAGCCACGCGUUCUUCGCAGUGCUGGUGGCCGUUGCCUACGCAGACCACAAUGAUCACAGUCAACCGAAAAAAACUGACACCUUCACGGCGAAGCUGAUUGGCGCCAACGAGGUUCCCAAGGGUAACUCCGCUGCUGCCAGGAACGCCGUUAAUGACAAAAGCGGCACGGGGCAGAUGAAGUUGGAAUUCUACAAGAAGGACGAUAAGCUGGUGUGGGUGAAGUUCUCAGUGAAGGCAUCGAAGCUGGAGGGCGAGAUGCCGCCCACCAAGACGCACAUCCACGUGGGCGUCAAGGGGCAGAACCACCACGCGCUGCUCGACCUGCCGUGCAAGUACGAGAAGAAGAGCAACAAUGACUGGCGCUGCGAGGGCGUGAUUGGGCAGGAGCAGAAACUCUCGCAUUCGCAGGUGGAGGAUUUCAUGAAGAUCGCACAUCAGCCGAGUGGGUUCUACGGGAAUAUCCACACCAAGAAGUACCCUGAUGGUGCCGUGCGUGGCCAGUUCUCCAGGAAGUAA